CAGGGCUCCGAGCAGGAGCAGGAGAACAAUGGAAGCCGCCCGGUCCAGAUGCCUGUUUCUGUUACUGCUCUUCACCUGCGAGCUGUCCCCAGAGGUUGCUGCAGAAGUUCAGGAAUCCUCAGAUGGUGCCGGUGGCUCCCAGGAAGCUGUGUGGCUCACAGACGUCCCAGCUGCCAUGGAAUUCAUCACUGCUGCUGAGGUGGCUGUCAUAGGCUUCUUCCAGGAUUUAGAAAUACCAGCAGUGUCCAUAUUCCGUAGUAUGGUGCAAGAUUUCCAAGACGUGUCAUUUGGAAUCAGCACUGAUUCUGAGGUUCUGGCUCACUACAACGUCACUGGGAAUGCCAUUUUCCUCUUUCGGCUGGUGGAUAACAAGCAACUGGAUUUAAAGAACGAAGACAUCGAAAACAUUGAUGCCACCAAAUUAAGCCUUUUCAUUGAGACCAACAAUCUCCACUUGGUGACAGAGUACAACGAUGUGACUGCGGUUGGCCUGUUUAAUAGCAUGAUUGAGAUUCAUCUUCUACUGAUGAUGAACAAGGCCUCCCUAGAGUAUGAAGAAAGCUUGCACAGAUACCAGGAGGCAGCUAAGCUCUUCCAGGGGAAGAUACUUUUUAUUCUGGUGGACAGUGGUGUGAAGAAAAAUGAGAGGGUGAUAGCAUUUUUCAAACUUAACGUGUCUCAGCUGCCUGCGCUGGCAAUUUACCACACUGUGGAUGAUGAGUGGGACACGCUGCCCAUUACGGAAGUUGCAGUAGAGCGUGUGCAAAACUUCUGUGAUGGAUUCCUAAAAGGGAAACGGUUGUAUCAAUGGGAAAGAAAUCAACUUGCCUAUAAAGAGUUCAUGAAAUAAAAAUUGAAGAUGGAUUUACGACUUCCGGGAGUGGUUAAAUAGCUCAGUUUGCUAAUCUCAGAGCUCAAAAACAAGAGUGGAUUCCAAGUCUAAAUUUCAGUGUCAUGGUGUUUUUCAGAAACAAAAUCCUGAAUCAGAAGAAAAGACUCCAAAGGUGGAACUCUGAUUUCUCCCUGACACUUCCGCGUAUUACCAAGUAUCAACUUUACGCUGAAUAAAAAGGGGCAACUCAAACCUCAGAGACACUAAACAACAGGAUCCUCAGGCCCUCAGACACACACGCACUCAGCUGCAUUUUGCUCCUUAAAAUCCCAUUUGAUCUCUUGUCUUUUCUUUUAAACUUCCCAUCCUCACGCACUAUCCAUCCAGUUUUCUCUUAUGCAUUCAUACUGCACAGGCCCACGCACUAUAGCACCACCAUAAAAUCACUGGAUGGAGGAUUUAAGAGAAAUACUGCGAACCACUAUGAAGGAGAGACUUUCCUAGAGGGAGAUUGUUCUGAUUCAUCAUUUAAUAUUGAAUUUCUACACUGCACGUCUUACAGCAUGGCUUCUGCUCUUUUAGGAUUCCCUGGGGGUGGAAACUCUACUUUCCUCAUAAGCACAUGUUCCUCUCUCACUCAGGACCAAGAACAAAAGGAUGAUUUUAAACACCUUUCUGGAAUUUUCUUUUUGCCAGAAGAUAAUUCCAAGUUUCCGAACUCAGCAGAAACAGGCCAUUUUAAAACUCUGUGUUUAUUUAGCAUUUCUAACUCCCCCU